AUGUAAAAGACCUCUUUGGUCAAUUUCUUGCACAAUGGGUCUAAUUACUAUCCAUUUGGAGAUAAGCCUGAAAAACUUAGUUCAACUCAGGGAAGAUUUGUACCUUUUAUUUUUGAAAGGAAUCAAGUUGGAAAACUAGCGAAUGCUGAAUUUUAUCACCUGAAUACAAAUCAGAAGAGUGCUAAGCAGAGAACUAGUGAGUAAGCCAAUUCGUUGCUUGCAGACACAAUCAUUAAAUCCAAAUUACAUACUGAACAAGACACACCAAAAUAUGAUCCAAUCACCAAGUAUGUUACCUUGAUACCGACAAGCCAAAAGAUAGAUGAAUUACAUAAGACAAUAGACAUCAAAACCUAUACUUUAAAUCAUACUUCUGUUGAGAGGGGAUAGUUGAUGAGGAAAUAACAGAAAGGUCUAAAUCAUAAACAUUAAUUAAUUAGUAGAAGUACUAAGACUCUGACAUCUCAGAUUCCUGCUAUAGGAAUUUAUGAUCCAAUUCCUCUUAAUAGACAUCUACCUAACAUUCAAAUUAAAUCGAAAUCUAUUCAAAAAUUGCCUGAAGUUUGGGAACGCACUACUUAAGUUACUACUCCCAAAAUUAAUAUUAAGAGCAGUGAAUCUGAAAUGAUGUUUGCUAAAUAAAUUGCUCAAAUCAACAGAGAAGUUGACUCGUAGAUGAAAAGAAAUCCAAAUCAAAAGUUUUCAACAUUGUAAUUUGAUGUUCAUGAAAAUAUGAAUUUGGAAGAGGCUGAACAGAUGAGAAAUAGAAUGAAGCAAUAUUUCUAAAGUGUUAAGGAUAGUCUAACCAAAAUUAAGAAUCUCAUUAACGUUAAACGUUGAUAAAAAUUAGAUUUUUUAUAGAUUAUAUCUCCAUACAUUU